GAUGGGUUUGGUGUGUGGUGGAAUAUAAAAUGGGCGCCGUUGCUAUGCCAUUGGCCCCGCGGAAAUCUCUCUUCUCUUUCCCCCUUUGCUUUCCAUUUACCCAAUUUCUUCUUUUCCUUACUUCUUCUUCUUCUUCUUCUUCUUCUUCUUCUUCUUCUUCUUCUUCUCCUUCUUCUUCUUCUUCUUCUUCUCCUCCCUUUCUCUUCUCUUUCUUCUUCACAUACCCUCAUUGAAUCCUUCACAUUCAAUUCAAACCCCCAUUCAAUGCUCUCUCUCUUUCACAAGCCUCCAUUCCCCUGCUCUUCUCUCUGUUUUUACAUCUUUCAGUGACCCCAUUUCCCUAAACGCCGCUUUAUCCUCCUCCCUUCCGUUCAGAAUUCUUCACAAUUUCUCAACACCCAUCUCCUUGAUUUUCCAUUUUUUUUACUCUAAUUAUGUCUGCGGUCUUAGCAAGAACAGGGCGACAUCGUCAGCGAUACGACGAUCAUUUUCGUCUUGUUUCUGGAUGCAUUCCUUAUAGGCUGAUAGAUGACAGCGAGGAAGUUAACGACCAGUGUGACAUUGAGAACAAGAUUGAAGUUCUCAUGGUUUCUUCACCAAACCGUGACGAUCUAGUGUUUCCGAAGGGUGGAUGGGAGGAUGAUGAGACCCUCCUAGAAGCAGCAUGUCGCGAAGCUGUGGAAGAAGCAGGAGUGAGAGGCAAGCUUAACGAAAAUCCUCUUGGAGUUUGGGAGUUUAGAAGCAAAAGCAGUCAGGACAUUUGCAGCAUGGAGGGAGCAUGCAGAGGAUACAUGUUUGCACUAGAAGUUACAGAAGAGCUUGAGUCAUGGCCAGAGCAGGGAAAUCGCCAUAGGAGAUGGCUCAAUGUUACGGAGGCAUUCAGACUAUGCCGAUACGAAUGGAUGCGUGUGGCACUUGAAGCCUUUCUUCAAGUAAUGGGGGGAGACGAAAAUGGUGAAGCUACGCAAGAGAUGACGGCAGAGACAAGUGCAGUAACAGUUACAAAUGUGGUUGAUUGUGGAUUGAUAUCAUCUAACUGCUGUGGAAGGCCUCCUCCGUUCGGUCAGCAGCAUGGUGGUAGGGGUCAUUCAACAGGCAUAGGAGGUAUUUCAAGGGAUUGCAGACUAGGCAUUACAUUAACUGAAUGAUGAAAAUCUGUGCAGCGGGUUUGUGUAAUCAGUCUCUGGUGGGGGGGGAGGGGGUGGGGGAAGUCGUUCAACUUUGAGAAAGAACAAACAAAACUUUGUAAAGUGAAGGUGAAGGUGAAAGUAAACCUCAAAGUGCAGCAGAAUUAUGAGAAAAGAGAGAGAAGAGCCAGGAGGAGGGGAAGGCUCUUUUUUUUUUUUUUUUGACGGGGGGGGGGGGGGGGGGGAGGAUGAUGGAUGAUUGUUUGUAUGUAGAAGAAGAAGAAGAAGAAGCAACUGUAGCUGGGAGCACAAAGUUAUGUGGUUGGUUUGUUGUUAGUGAUGUUAAUAAAAUAGUUGGACUGUGAUGGAUGGGUUACUGACUGAUGUUGAUGAAUUUUGGGUGGUGGUGGUGGUUGUAAUGCUGUAGCUGCUGUAAAUGAAGAAGCCAAUCAGUGUACAGUUGGAUUUCUUUUUUCUUUUUUAAACUGUUUGUGUUUGCUGUUCAGUGAAAAUGGUUUAGAGGAAAAUUAUUGGGAAUAGUGUACAGUUCCCUAUCUCAUAUCUCUGACCUCUCACCAAAGUACACGCACCUUGUUUUUCUGCAUUUCAUUUCAAUUCCCAUGUUCUUUGCUUCCUCCCAUUCAACAACAAGUUUCACUACAACUUUAAUUCUCCAA